GGGGGAAGGACACAAUGUGUGACAUUAAGGGACGGCAGGGAUAAAGACCUCUGGCGGAGCCCUGGUUUGUGCUCUGUGUUCCCCUCGGCCGGGCUCCCCCCCCUCUGUCUCUCUUUCCUUCCUGCGGCGUGCGGCGGUCGGAAAAGCAACAUGCCCCCGAAGAAGCCGGAGCCCAAGAAGCCGGAACCCAAGAAAGAGGAACCGAAGGCAGCGCCGAAGCCCCCAGAACCGGAGCCGCCCAAGGAAGUCCAGUUUGACCCAGCUAGCAUCAAACUCGAAUUCACGGAAGACCAGAUUGAAGAAUUUAAGGAAGCCUUCUCGCUCUUCGACAGAACCCCUAAAUCGGAGAUGAAAAUCACGUAUGCACAAUGUGGAGACGUUCUGAGGGCUUUGGGGCAGAAUCCAACCCAAUCCGAAGUCCUCAAAGUCCUUGGCAGGCCCAAACCAGAAGAAAUGAACAGCAAAAUGAUUGACUUCGAGACCUUCCUGCCCAUGCUCCAGCAUAUCUCCAAGACCAAAGACACUGGCACCUAUGAGGACUUUGUGGAGGGCCUGCGGGUAUUCGACAAGGAGGGGAACGGAACAGUCAUGGGCGCUGAACUCCGCCACGUUUUGGCUACGCUGGGUGAGAGGUUGACUGAAGAGGAGGUUGAUAAGCUAAUGUCCGGCCAGGAAGAUGCCAAUGGUUGCAUCAACUAUGAAGCAUUUGUGAAGCACAUCAUGACCAACUGAAUGCGAGGACAAGACAGAUUCCGACACCUCCCCGAUGCUGGCUUUGGAUUUCAAUGUCAUGGAAUGUCUCUUCAUUUUCCAGUCCAGAUCCCUGUUACAAAGCUACAAAAUGUCCCAGCCUUGAGGAUAUACGGAUAAAUGCAUUUUCCCUCCAUGGGAGAAUGGGUGGCAUUUACAGAAAUGCGGCAAUCCGAAGGAACUGGGGUGUGAAUUUUAAGCAUUUUCAUUGCUCUCAGAUACCAGCGAUAAAAUGACUUGGAAUGGAGAGGCUGCGGGGAAAGAUAUUUCACUUAUUCCAUAACAAAAUGAACAGAAAGAGCUGAAAUUUAGCAGAUUUUUCCGCCCCUAUCACUACAGGCUCUGUCUCUUUGCAUGUGUUGCGUUUGGAGGAAUUUUAGGCUUCAGAGUUAGCUCAGAAGAGGGAUGGGGUUGGUGGAAUGAACAGCGAUGAAUGCAAAGUUCCCUGGAGUUCAGGACAUAUGCACAGGGUGUCUAAGACCUUGAGGAAAUGCAAGCAAAGGAAAGGCAUGACACCCAUCCAUACACCAACAAAUGCAACCCAUCGCACUAGCGUCUGGGCUACCGAAGGUGCAAGAUUUAGGCUCACCUGGAAGAAAGCACCUUUUUUGGCAUGAUGGGUGUGCCUUUGACCUUGUGUUUGUGCCACUUAAUAGGUGUCACAAAGUCCACCUGGUCCAUAAAGUCCUCUUCUAGCCUAACAGCAUGAACCACGGAGUAAGUGAAAGAUCUUUCCCCCCAGGUCAGAUUGGAGAACGUUGUAAUACACCUGCCUACUGACACUAGCUUUUCUCAUUAAAUCAUUCUUUUCUCACA